GCGGCGGCGCCGGGCACUUCCGGCGGCCGGACUGCCCCGUGGCGGCGGCGGGCGCGGGCAGCGCCAUGGACGCGCAGGACCUGGACGAGUUCCGCCGGCGCUGGCAGGAGGAGCUGGCGCAGUCGCAGGCGCUGGCGAAGCGGCGGCGGCCCGAGGCUGCGGAGCGCGGGCGCGCGCGGAGGCCCGAGCCGGCCUCCGGGUACCUGGCGCUGGCCCAGGGGCUGCUGGAGGGCGCGGGGCGGCCGCCCGCGGCCAGGGCCGGCCGGGCCGACAGGCAGGACGCGGCCAGCCGCUCCCGCUCCCCGCCGGCGCGCGAGGGCCCCGGGGGCGGGGAGCAGCUGGUGGACCAGCUCAUCCGCGACCUGAAUGAAAUGGAUGACGUGCCCUUCUUUGACAUCCAGCUGCCCUACGAGCUGGCGAUCAAUAUCUUCCAGUACCUGGACAAGACGGACCUGGGCAGAUGCGCACAGGUGAGCAGGACGUGGAAGGUGAUUGCGGAAGACGAGGUGCUGUGGUACAAGCUGUGCCGGCAGGAGGGGCACCUGCCCACCAGCAGCAUCUCCGACUACUCCUGCUGGAAGCUCCUCUUCCAGGAGUGCCGCGCCAGGGAGCAGGCGCUCAGGACCAACUGGAAGAAACGCAAAGGUGCCGUGAGCGAGCUGGAGCACAUCCCCGACGCGGUGCUGUGUGACGUGCAUUCCCAUGACGGCGUCGUCGUCGCCGGGUACACCUCGGGGGACGUGCGGGUGUGGGACACGCGCACCUGGGACUACGUCGCGCCCUUCCUGGAGUCGGAGUACGACGAGGACGAGCCCGGGCUGCAGCCCUACGUCUCCUUCGUGCGGAUAAACAGCUCGCUGGCCGUGGCCGCGUACGAGGACGGCUGUCUCCAUAUCUGGGACCUGACGGCCGGGCGAUACCCUGUUCACCGCUUCGAGCACGAUGCGCGGAUCCAGGCGCUGGCCCUCAGCCCGGAGAACGCCACCGUGGCCACCGCGUCCGCCUUCGACGUCACCAUGCUGAGCCCCAACGAGCAGGGAUAUUGGCAGAUCGCCGCCGAGUUUGAAGUUCAGAAACUGGUCGACCACCUGAAAAUAGUUCCGGGGACCGGGCGGUACCCGGUGGCCGUGGCCACGGCGGGGGACCUGGUCUACCUGCUGAAGGCCGACGACUCUGCCCGGACCCUGCAUUACGUCUACGGCCAGCCCGUCACCUGCCUGGACGUCUCGGCCAAGCAGGCAGCUUUCGGAGUGAAGAGUCUGGGAUGGGUGUACGAAGGAAACAAGGUCCUGGUGUACAGCCUGGAGGCGGAGCGCUGCCUCUCGAAGCUGGGCAACGCGCUGGGGGACUUCACCUGCGUCAACCUCAAGGACAGCCCGCCCGGCCUCAUGGUCAGCGGCAACAUGGACAGGAGGGUGCGCAUCCAUGACCUCCGCACGGACAAGGACGCCCUGUCGCUCUCGGCACACCAGCUGGGCGUCUCGGCAGUGCAGAUGGACGACUGGAAGAUCGUGAGCGGCGGCGAGGAGGGCCUGGUCACCGUGUGGGACUACCGCAUGGCCCAGAAGCUGUGGGAGGUGCAUUCCAGGCACCCCGUGCGGCACGUGGCGUUCAACAGACACCGCCUCAUCACGGCCAACGUGCCCUACGAGCGCGUGGUGCGCAGCCCCGAGCUGGACAACUUUGCCACGCACAGGAGGCACCGCGGCCUGAUCCACGCCUACGCCUUCGCCGUGGACCAGCUGGCCUUCCAGAGCGUCCUGCCCGUGUGCCGCUCCGCCUCCGAGUCCCUGGCGGGCUACACCUACGACCUGGCGCUCGCCUUCCCCUCCGACAGCGCCUAGGCCGCCUGCACCGCCCCGGCCCGCCCAGCGCCAAGCACUGCCAGCCCCCGGGCCUUGGCCCCUGCUCCCUGUCCCUGGGGGCCCAGGGGUGGGGGCUUCACCCGCGCCCGCAGCCAGUUUGAGAGGUGGGGCCUGCCCUGAGUCCCCGGGUCCCCGCCUGCCCCCAGCCCGAGGCCUCUCGGCCCCUGCUGGACACGUCCAAGGACGCGGAUGGGGGCGAGACAACCGGACACCCGCGGCUGUGGCUGCACGCACGGGCAGUGCUGUGACCCGCCUGGGGUCACGCCCCCCAGCUGACAGUGGACCCGGCAGGCCCAGCAGAGCCCCGAGAGGGACGGGGAGGAGCAGGUGCCCAGUGACCACGUCGGGGGAGCGCGGGGACACGGCUGUGGCCGGGCCCCUCCCGCCCUCUGCAGCAGGACAGGGAGAGGGUGUCACGGGUACACGCGGCCCCGUCCCCCCAGGCCCCAGCCGCCCGGCGGCAGGCCAGGCCCCCAGAGGCGUUCGUGAGAACCGGGCAACUCCCCCCCACCCCCAAGGAACAGGCACCUGGCCGACAGGCCCAAGGCCAGAGAAGCCUCUGAAAGGGGAGGGACAGCGGCCCCCUCCCAGGCCCCCCACAGCUCCCCCUGCUCCUCCCACGGCCCCUCCCGCCCCUCGGCAGCCCCCCGCAGUGGCUGCUGUCCCGUCCUCUGUCACCACGUGCCACUGCGGGUGCCGAGAUCUCGUCUUAAAGCCGUCUGUGACUUUCGCUUUCUACCGUUUGCUCCAGUAGUAAAUUUUGUACACGUCUG